UCUUUCCGCAUUAAAAUGAUCACAUUUCCCUUCUUUUUUAAAAGACUGAUCUUUAUUUGUGGUAUUAAAUAUUAUAACCUAAGCUUUUCUUGCCUUAACAGGUACACGAAGCUCGGAUAUGCCGGUAACACUGAGCCACAGUUUAUUAUUCCUUCCUGUAUUGCUAUCAAAGAAUCAGCAAAAGUGGUUGAUCAAGCACAACGAAGGGUUUUGAAAGGUGUUGAUGAUUUAGACUUCUUUAUUGGAGAUGAAGCAAUAGAAAAACCAACUUAUGCAACCAAGUGGCCCAUCCGCCAUGGUAUAGUUGAAGACUGGGACCUGAUGGAAAGGUUUAUGGAGCAAGUAAUCUUUAAGUAUUUAAGGGCAGAACCCGAGGACCAUUAUUUUCUUUUGACUGAACCUCCAUUAAAUACUCCAGAAAAUAGAGAAUAUACUGCUGAAAUCAUGUUUGAGUCUUUCAAUGUUCCUGGACUAUAUAUUGCUGUUCAGGCUGUCCUUGCCUUAGCUGCAUCUUGGACGUCAAGACAAGUAGGAGAACGGACACUGACUGGCACAGUUAUAGACAGUGGUGAUGGUGUCACUCAUGUCAUUCCUGUGGCUGAAGGAUACGUGAUUGGCAGCUGUAUCAAACACAUUCCAAUUGCAGGGCGAGAUAUAACAUACUUCAUUCAGCAGCUGCUGCGAGAGCGAGAAGUAGGAAUUCCUCCUGAGCAAUCCUUGGAAACAGCUAAAGCAGUGAAGGAACGUUUUAGUUACGUUUGCCCUGACUUAGUAAAAGAAUUUAACAAGUAUGACACAGAUGGUACAAAGUGGAUUAAACAAUAUACUGGAAUUAAUGCUAUCUCAAAGAAAGAAUUUACCAUUGAUGUUGGCUAUGAGAGAUUCCUGGGACCAGAGAUAUUUUUCCACCCUGAGUUUGCUAAUCCUGACUUUACGCAACCAAUCUCAGAAGUAGUAGAUGAAGUUAUUCAAAAUUGUCCCAUUGAUGUUAGACGUCCUCUGUAUAAGAAUAUUGUCCUCUCUGGAGGCUCAACCAUGUUCAGGGACUUUGGGCGCCGUUUACAGCGAGACUUGAAAAGAACUGUUGAUGCCAGACUGAAACUUAGUGAAGAACUUAGUGGUGGCAGACUGAAGCCUAAGCCCAUUGAUGUACAAGUCAUUACACACCAUAUGCAAAGAUAUGCAGUUUGGUUUGGAGGAUCAAUGCUGGCUUCCACACCUGAAUUCUACCAAGUAUGCCAUACCAAAAAAGACUAUGAAGAAAUUGGUCCUAGCAUCUGUCGUCACAACCCAGUGUUUGGAGUUAUGUCUUAAAGCUGACCUUGCAGGGGUCAGGGAUAGGGAGGUGGGGAGGAGUCUUUCUGAUUACUUGUUUGUCUGAUGGCCGGUAUUAAGAUAACAAACAUGACUUGACAAUAAGGAAAAGACCAAACACAAUUAAACAAGGUUAUUUUAAUGUGUCUCAACAUGCGGAUGUAGUGGAAAGCCAAAAUGAUCACGUUUUUUCUUUAGAUUGAUUAUUUGAAUCUGUGCGUAACAAAGUGGAUUUUAGUUCUUUCUGUGCCCUGAUAUUUUGUAUAUUAAUGAAUUAUCCAAGAUUUGAUGGGAUUUGACAGUGUAUAGAUAGUCAGCUCUCUAAUGCUUCAGUUGAACCCUUUCAUGGGUACAAAGCUGGAGUUUGUUUAUAUUUCUUACUUUUUUAUACUUUGAGGGAAAAAAAAUACGGAUUAAAGAAACUAAUAUUUGAGGAAAAAAAGAAUUUACCAGUGACCAUCUUGAAAAACAAAUUAAAAAGAAGUCAUCAUGAUUCCCGCAACUAAUUGUUGCAAAUCACAGCCAAUCUAAAUCCUGGGUUCCACACAAUGCAAGUGCUUUUGGAACUAAGAAGCUCCUAUCUUGGAUUAACCGAUGCCUGCCUAGUGCUUUCUGAUUACUUGGUGCAUUUUCAUUCUAUCUCUUGCUUUAAAAAAAAAGGAAAGAAAAGAAAAGACAAGACUUGGACCAGUAUUGCAGUUCUGUAGUGUCAUUUCUAAUUAAAACCAAAUAAUCAGGUUAUCAAAAUUGGUGUAUUUAAAGCCUAACACCAUUCCAAUAAAGGCACAAAAUUUCUUUUUA